UCCGCGCAAAAUGUCAAUAAUUGUUUUGUUGAACAUCGCGAUUUUGCUAAAUUUACCUUGAAAUACACAAAGUUUUAAAGUAACAGCUGGAUAUUGGAUAGCUGUCCGUUUUCGGAUUUUAAGGCUGCAGCCGGUGUCCAACAGAAAAUGCAGCGAAAACCGGGGUAUCCAGUGGCCAAUUGCAACAUAAAAAUGCCAGACAGUGUGCCACUCUCAGAAGCAGUGCCAUGUGACGAUGACAGUGACCAGCAGCAGCGGAGGCAGCAGCUCAUCAACUUUGGACACGCACAAUGGGGCUUCAACAACUGGAGCUGGACUGUUAACAAACAGGAUCUGGAUUUUGUGGACUUCGCAAAUGGAAAGUACUGUUCUGGAGUAGCUGCGUUCGUGUGCGUGUCAGUCAAGUCGUUCGACAUACGCAGAGAAAACGUCGGCUACGCGACCUGCACGGCGCAUAUGAAAGGCUCAGCCAUACAUCAGGCUAGGAAGUGUGCAGUAACAAAUGCCCUACGCGAGACGCUGCUCAGCUUCGGCGGCAGCGUGGCCACAGAGCUGAUGGAGAUGCUCGAAGCACACCGAGUGGAGCCAGUGCCCGUGCCAGUGCCUGUAGCUCCACCUCUACUACCGGAACCUCAGCCCGAGAACAACCAAAACCUUGCUAACAAGGACCCCAAGAACUCCCCGCUGCCUAAAAACAUCCCGAGAAAAGAAGAUGCCAACCCGGUUAAUAUGAGGCACCCCCUCCCGCCCGCAAUCAAGAAUGUAGUCCAAAAUCCUCCGCCGCCGGUCGCUAAAGCGCUACCGAUGCCGGCGAAUCUGCCGCCCGCCGCUAAUCGGCCACCAGUACCAGUUGCCCCGCGACCACCAGCUCCAAGACCCAACUCUAAUGUAAGUUUCGUCCUCCAACCCGUCAUGGGUGGAGUUGUCCCGCCGCUAUACGCCCCACAGCCAAGAAUGCCCCAUGUCACACCGCCCCACAUCUACCCCAACUACUAUGAGUACCCCUGGCAUUUCACUUACGAGAGCUAUGACCGACACCACGGUAAUGUUAACCUAAAUUUCAAUAUCCCGCCAAAGAACUUAGUGGUCAACAGCCGGUCAGGGUCGGUCGAGUGUAAGAACGCCUGCGGGGUACGCCCGAACGGUCCGGAGGGCGAACCUAUCCAGUACCACCCUCCACAGAACCAGGGUUGCUGGAUUAAGCCCACUAUUUUCUAUGAUGGGUUCUGGACAGAGCAGAAAGUAAAAAAAUGGGUUGCGGAACAGGUUGAAAAACAGUUUCCGGAGGACGCAUCACAGAAGUCCACUUCGCCUAGUAAUAGUGGGCAGCCGGACCCUAAGUCUUAACGGCUGAAAUCUUAUGAAAAAUAUAUUUUAAGUAUAGUUCGUAUUAAUCAGGUUUGAAGUUUAUAAAAUUGUCUUGGUGUCUAUGGGAAGCACAUACUAUACUGCAAAUAUUUUACUAUUCAAAU